UUGAGAUGACCUUGGUCGUUAGUGUAACAUUGACUGCAAUUAAAACGUGCUGAAACUACGGAACACACUGAAAUCCAAGCACUGCUGUUUUAGGAAAAUAUUUCAUGGCCAAGGAAAUAAAAAUAAUCGAGCUACUAGAUGUUGCCCUUGGAACCCCCGAGCUUGGAUGCCUUAAUCUUCGCAUUUUGCACGAUCUUCUAUCUGCUAUGAUAAAGCACCUGCAGAUCGAAAAUGUAAUAUAUGACCUAAAGGAUACUGAUUACGCUGCAUCGGGAGGACUGGAAUUGAGUGCGAAACUGACUAACGUAUUUUCCGAUAGUCGGCUCUUUGAGGAUCGUCUAGUCACGGUUGAGGCACAGUUGGCUGCGUUAAACUCUCUUCCCAGUAAUGAAGAGCUACUGCGAAGGUUCUACAACCCCUCGGAUGUGGAGAAAUCCUCCUUCAAAUCAAGCGAAUCCCGUCAGGUUUCUGACCUAUGGCAAACCGUGCAAAUGCAUAAACGUGUCGAUGCAACCGAAGAAGGGAUCUCCAGGUUAACUGCGUUAGUGGACGAUUUAAUACUACAAAUGACGAACCUCCAGGAAGAGAACAGGACACUCAGCGCUGUAGUGCAGCAAAUGCAAGCGGACACCACGCUGAAAAGGCGUAUCUCCGAAUUGGAUGAGCAAGUGGCGGCCUUACGAAAGCAGCAGGAACGUCAAGCAGAGCUGUUAAAGGAUGUGGUGCAUAUGGAUGCGGUUCGAGGAAUGGUGUUCUGGCACACCCUGGGCACAGCGAUUACCGGAUUGGAAUACAUCAGUACUGCUCGUAGAGCACCAGGUGAAAAACCAAGUUUUGCGACAACCUUCACAGCCGGUGGAACGAAGGAUAUCGGGCAAGGUGAUGUUGAUUUGGCCACAAGCCCGGAUGAGGAGCUAUCCCCCGUACUGCGGAAGCUUGGCACGAUCGCCAGUGGCUUCGACAAAGUUCUCGAAAGAAUUGAUCGCUUAGAAGAGCUCAUUGCUCUCAAAGCUGACCGCACUGAUUUGGAAAGCCUCAAAAUUCUCCCUGAGAUGUUGGAACGUAUACGCACUUUGGAAGAAAUUACAAAGGAAUUGCUUAAAGAGAAAGAGAAGGUUUACGUGGAUUGUGGUACGAGUCCUCACAUGCCAUUCCCAGAAGACAACACCAAACUGGUCAAAAGCUUGCAGGAGAACGUUGUUGUACUGCAGGAGCAGAUAAACAUGCUCAACGAACAACUCCGUGCCCUUCGGUCAGGAGUCGAAAAAGCACAGUCAGAUAUUUCGGACUUACGGGAAAUUUCUGACGAUUUGGAUACCAGGAAGGCCGAACUCACCUACGUUGACGCCGAACUAUUUAAAAAAGCGGACAAAACGUCCCAAUGCGAUUUGAUCGGCAGAGAAGAAUUCAAAGAAAUCAACGCGGAGUUGCGUAGGUUGAUUGAGGAAUUAUACAGGAAGUUAGCCGCUACAGAUGAUGAUUUACGCAACCUUCUCAAAGCAUUGGCUGAGGGACUGGAGAUCAAACUGGAUCGUGAUGAGCUGGAACAACUACGCGACUGGUUGGAGAAGCGCUUCAAAGCGUUAGCAGCCAAACUGAAAUCCAUGCAGCCCGUCAGCCAAGCUCCAGUUUAUCAACCGCCAGACGAUGCGGCUGGUACGCGUCGCAGCCUCAUGCAACAUUUCCAUUGCAUUUCUUGUGAUCGGCCGUUGCAAAUACUUGUUGGCCCAGAAGUUGGACCGACGGUGUACGAUGUCUACGGUCUACCACGCAAAUGUGGUGGUCUUCACACAACGAUGAAUGCAUUCAAACGAGUGGGUCGUGCCUCUACUGGUCGCAACGCCCGAUUUGAAGAUGCUGAAUAUGCUCUCCUUCCUCAACUCUCAGCCAGAGAGCAAAUAAGCGUCGAAGGCUUUGACGGACAUCUCUACAGAGGACGAAGAACGGCGAGGUCGACUGAUCGCGGUGGCAGUGUAGAUACCAUUGGGAACCAAGAGGUGUUCGGAGACGAGCCCAAACUUCCUCGUUUGACAAAGACACAACUGACUGGAAGCCCGGUUGGAUCUAGUCAACAGGCGUAG